UGUCCUUAAAUUGUUCAUCAGUUCCUACAAGAAAUCCGAGUCAAUCAACAUCAAUUUGGAUCAACAGGGAAAAACGCGCGAAGAAAUUCGCCAUUGAAAAUCCUCUAAAUUUCAUAUCAGCCGCACAAAUUUCAAUCUCGUGUCCCGAUCGAUUUCUUCCGAAUCACAGUCUUCCCCAUUAUUCUCCAAGGUUCUAGACCUGUCCGAUUCCUCAUCCUCUUCCAAAUCCGAGCUCUCUUUAUUUUCCUCUGUGACGCCAUGGAUUCUCCAUCUUCAAUCUCGAACUCGAAACUUCCAAUUCCGAACCAGUUCUCACAUGGCCGCCGCUCUAUCAAUCGCCUCGAAUUCAUGGCUCCUCAGUCGCAAUGAGAAGCCCUAUCCAAGCCGCACAAUCGCCAAGCCUUUCGGUAAGAUUCCACUCGGCCGUAAAACCGACGGCUAUUUCUUCACUAUUUCCAGACCGAUUACAAGAAAUCGACCACGACUCUCUGCCAGCGAUAGUUCCGAAAACGAGACUUCGUCUUCCUCCAUCGCGGUGGUUUCCGGCGAGCCGCGCGGCGGAGACGACGGCGAGAAGGCGGAAUCGUCUGGCGGAGAAGACGAGGUUGAAGAGAGAGAGAAACGGCAGGAAAUGGAUUGGAAGACGGACGAGGAGUUCAAGAAGUUCAUGGGAAAUCCUUCGAUCGAAGCAGCCAUAAAGCUGGAGAAGAAGAGGGCGGAUAGGAAGCUGAAGGAACUUGAUCGUGAAGGCGGCGAUAGUCCGAUCGUAGGAUUCUUCACUAAAAUUGCUCGCGAUAAUUUGACAAAAGAGAAAGAAAGAUUAGAGAAGGCUGAAGAGACUUUCAAGGCUCUCGAUCUCAACAAGUUAAAGAGUUGCUUUGGGUUCAAUACAUUUUUUGCUACUGAUGUACGUAGAUUUGGAGAUGGAGGUAUUUUCAUCGGGAACUUGAGGAGACCCAUUGAAGAAGUGAUUCCCCAGUUGGAGAAAAAGCUGUCGGAGGCAGCAGGAAGGGAGGUUGUCCUAUGGUUCAUGGAAGAGAAAACAGAUGACAUCACAAAACAGGUCUGCAUGGUGCAACCCAAGGCAGAAAUAGAUCUCCAAUUUGAGUCUACAAAGCUGAGUACUCCAUUGGGGUAUUUCAGUGCAAUAACUUUAUGUGUUUCAACUUUUGGGACCAUUGCUUUGACGAGUGGCUUCUUCCUAAAACCUGGUGCUACCUUUGAUGACUAUAUAGCUAAUGUUGUUCCCCUCUUUGGUGGCUUUAUCUCUAUCUUGGGAGUUUCUGAGAUAGCAACGAGGGUAACAGCUGCUCGUUAUGGCGUGAAGCUAAGCCCUUCUUUUCUCGUGCCUUCCAAUUGGACGGGAUGCUUAGGAGUGAUGAAUAACUAUGAAUCACUACUUCCAAACAAGAAAGCGCUUUUCGAUAUCCCAGUAGCACGAACUGCUGCUGCAUAUUUAACGUCAUUGACGCUUGCAAUCGCUGCUUUUGUGAUUGAUGGUGGCUUUAAUGGUGGCGACAAUGCAUUGUACAUCAGACCCCAAUUCUUUUACAACAACCCCUUGCUUUCUUUUAUCCAGUUUGUUAUUGGACCUUACACAGAUGACCUUGGCAAUGUACUCCCAUAUGCAGUGGAAGGUGUUGGAGUUCCUGUGGAUCCUCUUGCUUUUGCUGGCCUUUUAGGCAUGGUAGUGACAUCUUUGAACUUGUUGCCGUGCGGGAGGCUCGAAGGAGGCCGCAUUGCGCAAGCCAUGUUCGGGAGAAGCACUGCAGCUCUGCUUUCGUUUGCCACGUCGCUUGUGCUCGGUAUUGGAGGGUUGAGCGGGAGUGUCCUCUGUUUGGCAUGGGGUUUGUUUGCAACCUUCUUUCGAGGUGGCGAAGAAGUCCCUGCAACCGACGAGAUCACUCCAUUGGGAGAGGAUCGGUAUGCUUGGGGCGUCGUCCUCGGCCUCAUUUGCUUCCUCACCCUGUUCCCUAAUGGUGGAGGCACGUUCUCGAGUUCGUUCUUUAGUGCACCAUUUUUUAGGGGUGAUAUAUAAAGUAGAUGUAGUUUGUACUAUAUCAUUGUAUCUAGCUAACUAACAAUUAUAGAUGAGAAAACACGGGACCAAUGGUAAGGAGAAUAUAGGGUGUUUUUGUACGUAUAAAUUAGAAAUGUUAUAUUGAUGGAAGAUGAAGACUUUAUCUUA